UCAACUUAAACCGUUUUACCACUUCGCUACUGAAAUAAUAAUUAAGACUCCAAAAUAAGGGGUCACGGGGGGAAGAAUAAUGGUCUAAAUAAAAAUAUAGAGACAUAUCAAAUCAUCAUUACACCUCCUGACCCACUCUCCGACCACUCAAUUAUCGCGACUUAUCAAUGUAUUACGCGCGUAACUGCCUAUCAUGAAGAGAACUCAACGAUAUUCAAACUUGAAUAAGUCAACGCGAACCGCAGUACGUAUUCAGCACCAAUCAACAACGCUUCUCCCGCAAUGAUAUUGUUACAUUUAUUAAAGUAAUAACUCGAGAUAAAUCGUAGAGACGUAUUUAUUGACAGUCAAAGUAAAACCGUCCUGAAGUUAUCUCUCCACAUUACAAUAAUAAUCAUCAGUCUUUUAUUUUACAAAAGAGGGGAAGAGGAUAAAUUAAACCAUUCGAUUCCGUAAGAAUAUAAUAACAAACCUCUAACAUUUUGUUGGAAAUGUCAAUGGAGUAACAACUAAAAAUGGUGCGCACAUGGAAUCAUUGGACGAUGGAGACAGGAGUCCUCAUACUCCUCAUCGUGUACCUGAUAUAUCGCUAUAUGACAAGGAAUUUCGGUUACUGGAAGGCGCGAGGUGUAGUGUGCGUUUCUCCGUCUCCCUUUUUCGGAAGCUUCGGCGAUUUUUUGAUGGGCAGAAAAUCAGUCGGCGGUUUUUUGUGGGAUGUGUAUAACUAUUCAAAAGAUGCGCCUUACGUUGGAUUCUUCGGUUUUGAUAAGCCAAUGCUCCUGGUCCGUGAUCCAGGGCUCAUCAAGCAAAUUCUCAUCAAAGAUUUCGAUUAUUUUAAAGAUCGUUAUGCUGACGCUGGCGCUCAUGACGUACUGGGAUCAGCCAAUUUAUUUAUCAUUAAAAAUCCACAGUGGAAAUAUCUCAGGACUAAAAUGUCGCCGAUUUAUACGUCCGGGAGGUUGAGAAAAAUGGUGAAGCUCAUGGCGGAAGUUGGGGAGGAUCUCGUUACUCACAUUGACUCCCUGAAUUUGAGAGAAUCUGGAAGAACAAUUGAGGUGAAAGAACUUUGCGCGAAAUUUGCCACUGACAUGAUUGCAACGACGGCGUUUGGAAUGCGGGCGAAUUGCUUGAAUAAUCCUGACGCGGAAUUCAGAAAAUAUGGAAAGGAAGUUUUUCAACAUACAUUUUAUCGGAGCGUCGAGCAGAUAUCCACGUUCUUCGCUCCAUUCUUAAUGACACCGUUAAAAUUCAACAUAUUUUCCAAGCGGGUCAGUAAGUUUCUGCGCUCCGCUCUGUGGGAAGCUAUCACUAAUCGCGAAAAAUGUGGGGUCAAAAGACACGAUCUGAUUGACCUCCUGAUUGAACUGAAGAAUCAGGACGUAAAUAAUCCAGAUAAGAGUAUUUUUGCUUUCGAAGGUGACAAUAUCGUAGCCCAAGCAGCCGUGUUCUUCACCGCAGGUUUCGAAACGUCCUCCACUCCCCUCAGCUUCACCCUCUACGAAUUAGCUCUACACCCCAAAAUACAGGAUCGCCUCAGAAAAGAGAUCACGGAUGCGGUAGAAGAGAGCGGUGGAGAGAUCACUUACGACAUGAUUGUGAAGCUCCCCUACUUGGACAUGGUGCUAUCAGAGUCUCUCCGCAAAUACCCACCAUUACCAAUAUUGGACCGCGUUGCGGAUUCAGAUUACCGAGUCCCUGGGAGUGAUCUUGUCAUCGAGAAGGGAACCCCCGUGUUCGUGUCCCUAUUUGGGCUGCAUUAUGAUCCUAAAUACCAUGAGAAUCCAGAAAAAUUCGACCCGGAGAGAUUCUCUGAUGCCAACAAAGAAACAACCAAAAAGGCGUGGUAUGCGUUUGGGGAUGGGCCGCACGUUUGCAUUGGUCUGAGACUUGGAUUACUCCAAUCAAAAAUGGGACUGAUCAGUAUAUUACAAAAAUAUGAAGUCUACCCUUGCGAAAAAACUGCAAUACCAAUGAAAUUCCACACGCAGGGUCUGAUGACAAGCGCAGCAGGAGGCUUGUACCUCAACAUAAAAAAAAUAAAAAACUGAUUUCCACGGAAAAUGGAGCUCAUAAAAUGUAUCAAUUAAUACUAUCCGUUCGAAAAAAAGUUUUCUAAGGGAAACAUCAUAACUAAACGUGAUACCUAUGUAGAUGCAAGCAUUACACUACAUAAUAAGAAUGCGAUAAAAUUUUUAGUCUCAAAUUCUCAA